CACUGGUAUUUUUUUUCUGAACAAAGUCACUAACAUUUGAUACAGUCAUUGGCAUUUCGUCAAUUUACCACUUUUUUUUAUUCAUACGAACCCACAUUAUGCAUGAGAAUAGUCCUGAGCUGUACGAAGAGGUGAAGCUGUUUCGAAAUGCUCGUGAGCGUGAGCGAUACGACAACAUGGCCGAUUUGUAUGCCAUAAUUAACACCAUACAACAGCUGGAAAAGGCCUACAUCCGUGACUGCAUCACACCCCAGGAGUACACAGCCGCCUGCUCUAAGCAUUUGGUUCAGUUCAAGAUAGCUUUCAAGCAAGUCCAGAGUGACGAGUUCCCCACGGUGGACACAUUUGUGAAGAAGUUCCGCCUUGACUGCCCGGCUGCCUUGGAGCGUAUCCGUGAGGAUCGCCCAAUCACGAUACGCGAUGACAAGGGCAACACAUCCAAGUGCAUUGCGGAAAUAGUUUCUCUGUUCAUCACAAUAAUGGACAAACUACGUCUUCAGAUCAAUACGAUGGAUGCUUUGCAGCCCGAUGUUAAGGAUUUGGCCGACAACAUGAAUAGGUUAUCUCUGAUUCCAGAAGAUUUCGAUGCCAAGCAAAAAGUGGAGAAGUGGCUGUCCACUCUUAACGAAAUGCAGGCUUCCGAUGCGUUGAACGAAAGCCAGGUGCGACAAAUUCUCUUUGAUUUGGAGUCGUCCUAUGCAGAUUUCAAUAAAUUAUUGCACAGCCAAUAGAGCAUUCCGUUAUACUUUCAAGUUAUUCAAAUAUAUAAAAUAAUUACGCGUUUGCUUAAAUUUUAAACAAAUAGUACGUAUCGCUGUAUAUUAUCUCAAAAAACAAAAAAAAAUUUUAUAUGAAUAAUUAUAUUUCACAUCGUUAAUGAGUAUUUUAUUUAA